CACAUAUAAUUAUAUACCCCUCAAGCCAAAAGACACAAUGCUGAACAAAAAAGCACCAAAGUGACAGUGAAGAAAAAGAAACCUGCUAUUGAAACGUCACCUUUACCAAUGAAAAACUACAACACCCAGACUGCCUGUAAUAGCUAGGACAUACGCUACAACAUUUCCGGGAUGUUUUUGUCAUGGAAGAUGGCUGCAGAGUAAACUGGAACAGAAGUAUAGUACUUGAAAUAAUGUGCAAGUGUGUCCGCCUUUCUUCGUGAUAAAUAAGCUGCUGCCAGCGUCCAAACCAGAGCUGAUAUUCUACCGAGGUCAAGUUUAGGUUUUUAGAUGCCUAAUUCUGACAGCAAAACAGUCCCUUCAGAUGAAGAUGUGAACUUAAUAGAACCAUGCUUUAAAAAACUGAAAUCCACAGAAGAAACUGCUGGUGAACUGAUCUGCCGACCUUUUGAGGGGAAAAGUGAGAGCUUGUCUACUUCAGAACCCUGCAAAGAGAAAUGUGAUUCUGUGGACUCGUCACCCAUUGUAGAGGAGUGUGUUGAAAAGCCAGAAGAGACCUCUAAUACAAAUGCUAGCGAUGAAAUACAUGACCUUGUUGAAACAGAUAUCAAAUGUGACGUAUCUGAAAACAAACAGAACAAUGGUAACUUAAUUGAUGCAGCAUCUGAGGUUUGCGUGACACGUGAUUCUACACAGACAGCAAUGAGUAGCGAUGAACCAGAAUCUGUCAAACAUGAUUCUGUCAGCAGCAUCUCCUUGGGUGAAUGGGCAAUCAAAAGCACCUCCUUUAUAGGACCUAGCUGCAAACCUGUCUGUGAAGGUGAAGAGAAAGAGAUUGAAGACAAGUUGAGCCAGUUUUACAAAGAACUGGAACAGAUUGAGCCCAGUGACACUAGAGAGUCAGGAGGGGAAAGUUCACAGACAAGGUCAACCAAGACAAAUGGCCGAAAUAACACACAGGGGAGGGUAGAAGGCAGGCCUAACACUUACAGUAGAAAUCCACCAAAAGCGUACUAUGGUGCUGAACCGCACCAGAAUAAAAGGACAAAUAGAUGGCGUAACGGGAGGUGUAGACCUGACUUUAAUGAUCAUGUAGAGUAUCCAAAUUGGAACAAUUCCGAGCCCUUUUAUGGGCAUCAGUGGCAGCCACCCCAAUCUUUCAUUGUGCCCCAGGGUCCUCCAUACCCAAGAUUUAACACCCCACCUUUUAAUGCACCACCACAGGAUCAUUUUUAUCCUCAAGAUGGCCCACCGUUCUUUAACAACAACUAUGAUUGUAAUUGGGAUGGAUCACAGAUGUAUGAUAAUUCUUAUUACUCCCAUUAUGACAGUCAAGGUGCGUAUUAUGGAGUCAUGCAGGGUUGUAGCGAUGGUGCCUAUUCACCUGAUGGCUAUGAAGAUUACCACAACAGAAAUGACAGUGACUUCUGUGACUAUGGAGAAAGACCUUGGCCCCAACCUUUUGAACCAAGAGAUGAUAAUGGUUUCCCAUAUGAACAACACCAGGAAAGGCUACCAUAUGAGGAAGAGCAGUUGAACUCCCAACCAGUUCUAAUUCUUCUGAGGGGAGUGCCAGGCUCGGGAAAGUCCACACUAGCGAAAGAACUUCUUUCCGCUAGUCCAGCUGCUGUUGUGUUAAGCACUGAUGAUUAUUUCAGCCAAGAAGAGGGAUACUCCUAUGACUCUUCCCUGCUUGGAGAUGCUCAUGAAUGGAAUAAAAAGAAAGCUGGAGAAGCUAUGGAUCAAGGCAAGUCUCCUGUAAUAAUUGACAACACUAACACGCAGGCUUGGGAAAUGAAACCAUAUGUGGAAUUGGCUUUGGAAAGAGGUUACAGAGUUGAGUUCCGUGAACCUGAUACCAGCUGGAAGUUUGAUCCUGUGGAGCUGGAGAAGAAGAACAAGCAUGGAGUCCCACAGGAGAAGAUCGCUCAGAUGUUGGAGCGAUUUGAACAUCCGAUGUCUAUAGAUAUUGUUUUGAAUUCACAGGAACCCUCCUAUAAAAAUUCGCCAAGGCCCCUGUCACGACACAAACAGAGAGAUGAAUUGAAGCAGAAAUCCAAGGGCAAAGGGAGGCACAAUAGAAAACGCAAAAGAAACCGGAGAUCCAAACCAAGCCCGAAUAAAGAAUCUGAGAAGAUAACAGAAAAAACCCAGAGUCCUUCGGAAUCUGAGGUUGAAAAUUCUGAAGAAGAGAGUUUGAACAAUGGUAAAGAAGGUACACCAGUUGGGGGUCCUACAUGCAAAGACUUAGGUUCUAAAGACAGCUCUGGAAGUGACAACAAACAGGAAAACUGUAACAAUGCAGAAGUUUCAUACUUUUCAAAAAACACUCUCUUUGGUUCUUUGUCUAAUAUAGAGACCAAAGAAAGUACUGCAGACAGUAUUUUUACAAGAAAUAGUGGCCAAAUCUUUGAAAAAUUGGAUAACUACAUUGAAAAGACUGUAACCCAAUGUUCAGGAAAAUUAAAACCAAAGAAUCUUGUUUGCAUUUGCAAGGAAACAGUCGAUCACAAUCAAAAUAGUUUGGGGAGCCAAUGUGGCAUCUCUAAAUUCCCACAAACAGAAGUCCUUGCAAGGUCAACAGGUGGUAACUUCACUGUUAGCAGUGGGCUAGGUCAGAUUUUGGUUGAUAAGGAAUUUUCUGAUACAGCAUAUGGAUUUCUACAAUUUGACGCAAUGAAAGAAGCUUGCAUUACGAAACAGAAAAUAACUAUUGCCUCAAAAGAGGUUUAUUCUAAAGCAAAUGUCAGAGGGUGCUACAACCAUGUGAAGCCAAAGGAAAAGGAAAUCUUAAAGAAAACAAGAACAGAAAAGCAGGACAUUGGAGGUGUGUCUUAUGAACUGGCUCCUUGGAAGCCUAAUGAAUUAUGGACCAAAGACCAUGCUAAGAAACCAAUGCCAUGUAACUCCAAAAUAGAAGAUGCUCUAGAGUGUGCAAUAUCAUUACAUGUAGAAGAACAAAGUCCUGCAGAAAUGCAGAAUCAUGAACCACGCCUGUCGCAUUCAGAUCAUGUAGAUACAAAAAAAUCGUGCAGCAUUGCCCUUUCGUAUGAGAAACAUAUGAUCCGAAGUCUGACUCCUAAGAGAUUGAAACGGCUUUGCAGUCUAGCACCUACGUUUCAGCUUCCACGAUACUUGGAAGCAUGUGGCGAGAGUGGUAAACAAAUAAAAGAAAAAACUGAAGAGGAAGUACUAAACAAAUCCCAAGUAUCUGAAGACAUUCCCUCAAGUCUGCUUCAAGACAUGCUUGAAUGGAGUUUUAUUACCUUUGAACAUGGAGCGCAGGGAACAGCCAUGACUGGUGAUACCCAAGACACAGGCAAUCUAAUAGACUUGGGGGAGGACCAAUGGUCAGCUGAAGAACAAUUACCUCAUCAGUCCAUGAGAGAAAAUAUGACUGCAGCAUCUGAAUGGACACAAGGUGACAUGUGUCUUUGGUUUUAUGGGUUCAGUGACAUUUUGAAAGUUGAUGAGAGUAAGGCGGACAGGGAGACUUUAUCCUGUCAGCCAGAUAUUGUAUCCUCUGUUACGGAUGCGUCUGUUAAAACCUUUUUGGAUUUUAAGGAUAAUGAUGAUCAGCUUAAUACAGUAAUAGAAGGGAAACAGGAGAGAUGUGGUUCAGAGCAAGAUCGGAGUGAAGGUCAGGAAGCCUACAUCCCUCCUGGAAGAUUCCCUGUCCUUCAUUUGAGGUUGUCCAAGGAGCUGGCUUUACAACUUGUGAAAUUGUUUGGACCCCCAGCCCCUGGUGUUGAUUCCUUUUUACCAGAAGAAUAUGACGUUUCCUUGGACUGGGAAUUAUCCGAAGCAAUUCAUUCGCAAUGGAAGAAAUCAUUAGAGGAAAGACAGAACCAUUCUGCUACAACUGAAAACUACCUAGAAGGGAGUGCUGUAUCAGAGCAGAGAGUUGAAGUUGAAGAGAAGGAAACUUCCCAAAUAGGUUUUGAGAAGAGUGGAGGAAUGGAUACUGACAAACUGAGGAAAGAAGAAGGGACCUGAAGGCAUUCAUGCAACCUUGAUUCACUUGUUUUGUACUCAAUGAUGACAUGAAGAUCUUUUCAUUUAACACACUUUGCAGACUCUCAAGGGCACAAAAGUUGUUUCUUAUUAAUUUUGUAACUACAAUUAGUUUAAAAAAAAAAAAAAAAAAGCUAGCAGCUUUAAAUAUUGAGCUGCAAUACUGAGUAUGUUCGUGUGUUCAUACUACAGCAUUGUUAAUUUAGGGAGCCUGUUAUUGAAUAAAUAUGGGUGGUGUCAAAAGGAGUAGUGUCAUUCAGUGAUUUACUUAUUGAAAUGUACAUUCCAAGACAGUCUUGUUUUCAAGUGGGUCCUUGAGGGAAGCAUUUUGCAUACAUAUAAAUUAAAAUGUAUAUUCUGCUGUAAUAGUCAUCAAGAUACAAAAUAAGACGUGGAUAGGUGGUCAUAUAUAUUGGUCUUAAACCAGUGCUUGAAAUGGGAAAAAAGUGGCGGUACUCAGUUCUCUGACUACCUGUUCACCUCUCUCUCUCUCUCUCUUUCCACCUCUAUGUCUGUCUCCCUGUCCAGCUUUCUCUGUCUCCUUGUCCAGCUGUCUCUCUUUCCCUCUCACCCUGUCCAGCUCAUCUUGUCUGAUCGUGACUUGGCCUGGACCACUCAAAAUAAAUUCUCCCACUCUGUUUUGCAAUACACUCUGGGAGUUGCAGUUGUUUUGUAAUGCACUGGGAGUUGCAGUCUGUGCUCUGUUGUGCUGUAAAUCUUGCAGCUGCUGCUGGGUCAACAAAGUAACAGCUAGAAAGUCACAUAAUUGCAGCUGACAGUUUGGAAAAGAAAAUGGGCAGAUAGUCAGUGAUAAGCCCCAAAGUGCAACUCAAAUGUUUUAUAUUCAGAAGUGGCGGGAUUGAAAUAUUUGAAAUUGAGAAGUGGCAGUACUCUGUACCAGUGAGUACCGCCCCAUUUCAAGCACUGUCUUAAACUCCUGUUAAUUGUGAUCGUUCCUGGAAUGUGUGCAUGGGGACUAGGAAAGGAAAACACUUCUAACCUACUGCAUACAUGUUCUGCUGUGUACUAGGAAACCCAGCAGGAUCAGGUGGCGUGGUCCCAUAACACGGGAAGCGAAUGGGAAGAGUGCAUCCAUAAACCUUGCAAUGCUCAGGCAGUUAAAUGAGUUUCAACUAAAGUGAAACCAAAGCAAAACAGCAAAAGACCAAGGCACAAGUGAGAGUGGUAUAUUAAUGAGAUAAGGAAGUUGAGUGAUUACACCAUUUACUGUCAUACUAAAUGAAUAUGUUAAUAAAAUUAUUAUUUGUUUGGAAUAGUUAGCAGCCUAUUCAUUCACAUAACGACUGAAAUCAUGAUCAGCUAUAUAUUACUUCUUAGAACAACAGGUUUGUAAAGUUGGUUAGACAACUUUUCUCUUUUUUUAAUGCCACAGCACAAAUUGUGCAAAUCGUUUAAUAUCAUGUGGUCUUAGGAGGGCUGUUUUACUUAACAAACCCAAAUGUAUCUGAGCUUGAAAGGAGCAUGUUGUAGUGGAUGUUCUGUGUGUCUCCAGCUGAGAAUGGCACAUUCAUUAUCAGUGUUAUGUGUUUAAGUAACGGUACACUUCCUGAAGACUUGGAUUCCAGUUGUUCUAGAUUGAUUGCGCCAGCCUGCGUUAACCGAGAUCGCUACAAUAUGUUUAAAUGGUAGGCUAAUAGCUGUUCAA